AUCGUCAUCGCCGCGUGCCCCAUGCCCGGCGUCUCCAUCUCGCUCGUCAAGUCCACGCUGUCCGUGUUCGGCAGCGUGAUGUUGUGGAUCGUCUGUGGAGUUCUGCUCGGCCUGGUGCUGCAGCUCUACCUGGCCAUGCCAGGUGUCGACGUCCUGGGCCUGCACGGCAACCUGAUCAAGCCUGCCCUCAUCGUAGUCACCGGGGGCUUGAGCUUCUACGGCCUGUUGGCGCUCAACAAGUUCCUCGCCACGCUGGGCGGCGACUUCGACCUCCUCAGGGUGGACCCGCUGCUGGUAUGCAUGAUCGCCGCGAUCUGGGCG